AUUCACUGAUGUGUUAAGAUAAUUAGGUGCAACGAUUAAAAUGAUAUAUAUUUGACAGAAGGAUAUAGCCCAGCAACUACCGGACGAACCGGACCUGACGUGAAGCUAGACUGAAAGUUGCCGACAUUUGAAUGAAGUAAAAAAACGGAUAAUUGAAUCCGGAAGUUUACAUUUCUCACUCACGCCUGCGCUGCAGCCUGAGUCCGUAGCAGACAAGUUGGACGUCAUUUCAACCUUAUCGUUUGUCACGUCAGUCACCGGUUGCGAAUACCAAUGACUGGGUAUCUACUUGUCCCGAGGGUAACAACUUAUGCGAGAAAUCAGGAUUUGAAUUAUAUAAAAAAUGAGUCACUGUCGCAUGGAACGAACAUCGACAUGACGAGAAUAUUGUGUGAUCAACUCUUAUAAAUAAUUAUGGACGAACUUCUGGGCAUGGGAGAUACUCCAACAGAUAAUCUCUAUCUGGCAUUGAUACAAUGUUUUGCUAUUAUAUUGUGCGGCUAUGCCGCUGGGAGAUUGGACAUCAUCACAAAGCUAGAAGCAAAUGGUCUCAAUACGUUUGUUGGGACAUUUGCUCUACCAUCUUUGAUAUUUCUGUCUCUUGCCAAGCUUGAUUUCUCUCUAGUCAAUUGGAGAUUUCUUUUGGCUGUAUUACUAGCCAAAAGUGCAGUAUUUUUUGUUGUUCUUGCCAUAUCAAUGAUCACAAAUAAAGCUUCCAAUCCUGGUCGAGCUGCUUUAUUCGCUAUUUUCACAACACAGAGCAAUGAUUUUGCUAUUGGUUACCCGAUGAUCGCUGCCCUUUACGGCGAUACACAUCCCGAGUACGCUGCGUAUCUGUACCUAAUGGCGCCAAUAUCACUCGCGAUAUUGAAUCCAAUAGGUUUCGUACUUCUCGAGAUUGGAAAGCGUAGCACGAGUGAAGUAACGACGAGUAGAUUGUCCCUGAUUUUUUCAAUAUUUAAAGGGAUUGCACGGAACCCAAUAUUAUUCAUGACGGUGCUCGGUAUUAUCGGAAAUCUUGCGUUUAGUCAUCAAAUACCGAAAAUGCUUGAAUCAACGCUCGAAGUUUUAGGCAAUGCGUUUUCAGCCAGCGCAUUGUUUCUUCUUGGAUUAAUGAUGGUUGGAAAGGUUCAUACUCUCAAAGGAGCGGCUCUUGUAAUACCCGGUAUUUUAAUAUGCAUUAAAUUGCUCGUUCUGCCACUGGUUAUAAGAGAAUCUGUGAUCUUACUCGACGCCGGUGUUAACGAAACGGAUACGAGGGAUUUGAGCACAUACGGGUUUCUUUAUGGCACUAUACCGACAGCCCCUGCUCUUUUCAUCUUCACCAUGCGUUACAAUCUCGAUAUCGAUCUAAUCGCUUCCUCAAUGGUCGCCUGUACUUUUUUAUCCGCUCCCUUAAUGUUUGUCUCGGCGAAACUCAUCACAGCCAUUUACGAUGGUGUUACUCCGAGCAAAUAUGCACGACAGUUAAACGCAUUUUCCAUGGAUGUGAGCGCAGCUUCUGCAGCUGCCUGCAUAUGGUUGAUAAUUUGCUUCGUUCUUCUCGAAGGAAAAAAGUACAAAAGAGUCCUCCAUCGAUGUACUCUUGCUAUUGUCGUCGCUCAGCUCGCUGUCUCGAUCGGUGUCAUCAUUUGGACGAAAUUGGAUUCAAGUAGCACUGGCUCUGUUCUAUGGUACAUUCAAUUUGUUCUUAUUACUGCCGGCGUAUACGCGAGUCGAGUUUGGACGGCUGCACUCGCAGCUUCACUUCUUUUUUUAACAGCACGUUCGCAAUCUUUCGUAAAGGGUUUGCAAAGAUGGUUCAUUCCCGUAGCGUGGUCAGUUCCUCUUCUGAUCGUCGCUAUAAUGUGUCUGGCGGCAACGCCGAAUGAACCGACGAAUUUCGAUCUGAGAAAUCCUAACUUUCAAAUGGGCAGAGUACAAGCAGCGAUGUCGAUACUUGUUUUACUCUUCUGCUUCAUAGUAACAUUAGGCUGCUUGAUACUUCAUCAAAGAUAUCAAAGACGAAACAAUACAUACGCUGAUAUAAUAUCGAGCAGUGAAAACCAGGAACAAACAGAAGAAAUUAACAGAAAUAUCAUUGAAAACAGAGAUGUUGUUGACGUUGAGGACCUUAUCUCACCGACCAACAGUUUACCAAGUGGAAAUUGUGGUUUCGACGGAGCAUGUCGUUAUCCACAUGGUUUGUGUGCGGCUAAUGGGAUGAGGGAAUCUCGGCAGAAUUUGAUGUCUGAAACGGUUUCAAACGCGGUUGAUACUGACGAUCCGCAGAUCCUCCGGCACUUAGUGUUUUUGAUUCUUCUUUUGUGCUCAAUGUUUACCGGUUUGGCUUUGAGCAUUGGAAUGUUGAUAAUGGAACAAUUAACUGGAGUUUACGCGGAGAUGGCAUUUUUAGAUGUGGCUCUAAACUUCGGACAAUCUUUAAUCGCUUUUGCGAUUUUCGGUUUGGAUCCAGGACUCGGCCGAAUCGGCAAGUGGAUGAAGACAACUUGUCGCGAAUGGAGAGAAGCCCGAGAAUUUAAACUUCCUGAUGAGGAUUCACUGAGCAUCGAAGCGCGAUUCAUUCGGGAUCAAUUCAAGCAAUGUCACCUGACGGAAUGUCGUAAUCGAAUAGCGAUGUGUCGCAGACGAUUGUUGAAAGUUUAUCAAGGAGCAUUCACAGGCUGCGAUCUUGUUGAUUGGCUAAUCGAGGCUGGGAUUGCCCAAAGUAGGGAAGAAGCGGUGCGUUAUGGUCGAUGUCUUCUUGAGAGUCGGGUCGUUCAUCAUAUCGAUGGGAAUCAACACUUUCAAGAUAAAAAUUGGUUGUAUACCUUCAAUGCUUGAAAGUAGAUUUUCAUCAGAAACACACACACACCCACACUCAUGCGCAUAUAAAAAAGUGAUUCCACUUUUCUGUAGCUACUUUCAAUCAUGAAAUAUUUUUAACGAUCUCAUUUCAUAAAUCUUGCCAAAGGAAAGCCGAAAAGAGAAUCAAUUCAAGACAUUUAUUGUCGUGCUAAUGGAAAUAUUUAUUUUAAUAGGAUUAUACCAUCGCUUAUAGACGUUUCCGCUUCGAGAUGCGGAAAAAGUUAUUCUAUUUUUUUGUGCUCGAGUUUUUCUGCCUAUAGGUGUGGCAAACAUUUUUUUUCCUCACAUUUUUUGAAACUUUCUAUAAAUUUUUGAAUGAUAGAAAAAUGUAGCGUUAGUUAUAUUCUUGCACAAAUGACCUAGCAGUAUCCGUAUUUUUUUUUUGUUUUACCGUUAGAGUGAUUUAUUUUGAAAAAUUUUUCGAACACAAGUACUAGUACACGACCUUGAUGAAUGAAGAUUUAUGAAUUUUUUAAAAAUACCAAUAUUCCAUGAGAUGUUUAAAUUUAAGCUCUCGAAAAGUUGAACACAUUUGUAUAUUUGUUUUCGCAAAACUCACAAAGUGGGUGAUAAAUUUAUCUGAUGUCUCGGAUAAAUUUUAGUAUUUUUGUUACAUGAAUUAAGUUUAACAGAUUGUAUUAUGAGCCCAACGAUCGAAAAAAAUGUUGUACCGUAUGUUCCUCGAAGAUUGUAAUAGUGGGAUGGCCUUAUCACGAUUAAAAUCAACUUGUAAGAAAGAAUAAAAUCUUUCAGGCAUUUGCUGCAACUUGUGUGCGAUAGCAAAAUGAAGUUAUAAAUACCCCGUACUAUAGCGGUGGCUGUGUUAGCGAACAGAUUUUUAUUAUUUAUUAUGGAAGAUGGUGCGCUCGGUCUAGAAAGAAAAAACCGUUCUCGAUGUGAUGCACAAAGUGAAAGGGAGGCUCCAAACCGAUACAGUCGACAGGCUCAUGUAAUCGUGUUUAUUAGGUUUAUUUUUUCAUGGCGAAUAAAAAAAAAUGUUUUAAAGUAUCAAGUUAAAGAUUAUGAGGGAAAAGAAUGAAUGAGUAUUUGACGAGUAGUGAUUAAUGUAAUAAAAUAAUCCCCAUUCGGUAGCUUACGAUCUUCAAACCAAAAAUAGGACAAUAUACAUUGAAAUUAUAAGGAAAAGAGAAGAGAUGACAAACUUUAAGAGAUUCUCAUGGAAAAAAAAUCAUAAGAUAAUUGAUUAAGACGAACAAUUGUGAAAUAAGCAUAUAUUUUAUUGCUGUUUUAUGGGAUGUUGUUGGCUUUUCGCGUUACGUGUAUUUUAGCCAAAAAAUUUAACAAUAAAUAUGCGACAGUACGGAAUAAAA